AUGACAGAGCAAAGUCUCAUAAGCACGGCAAAGAUGCUUGCACAGUCGAAAGAUGCCACGGCAGCGGCGCUGCGCAAUCAGCGCGAGCACAUAGUUGAGAUCACAGAUACCGUUGUGAGUAUUGAGGAUAGCCUACAGCGCGCUGACAAGUUGAUCGGUUCAUUUGCGCGGCGCAUGGCUACCGAUCAAUUCAUUUUGCUGCUGGUGAUUUUGGAAUCGCUGGGAUGA